GUUAUGUCAGUGACUUACUGGAAGUUUAGGUCAUCUACAAAUAUUUAUCCUGCCGAUGGACGGGUCCAAAGGGAUGAAAGUUGUGGGGGAAAACGGAAGCUGCGUGGAGGACACGGGGAUAAUUAUUUACAUUAUGAAGAGAAGUGUCCAGUCCUCGACGAGCUCGCGGCUCGGGCUACAUCUAUUUAAAAGCUCAACAACCUACGUGUCUUCAAAAUGACGCGGACGUGGGGCACUGAGCGUUCUAUAGUGAAAGGACCGCGGCAAGGAGGGGGUCUGGCAAAUUCUGUCCACGGAUUGGAAGUUGGAUUUGGAAGGGGCGUGAUAUAUUACACACCUCUGGGCAAGGAUAGGCCUCAGAACUUCGUUGUUGGUGUUGUGAAUGUGUUACUUGGAUACUGCUUCAAAAAAUAUUACUUUUCACAAGAUGCAUUUGGCAGGGUGGAUCCUUGCGGUGGCACUAGUUUUUGGGACCUCAAAUCUCAAGAUCACAUCCGCGGGACCUCUCCAUGCACAAUGCAAAGUAGAAUGGUAUUUUGGGAUCCCCUGUAGACAGGUCUAUGAAGGUCUGGUCACUCAGAUCAAGCAUUGGAGGACCAUGUCCAGCUGUGUGAUGGGGGGACAGAGGUGCCUCUACAAGCUCCAGGCAGCCUCUAUCCACUUCAUAGCAGCCAAACACACCACACCAUUUAAGAAGACUGUCGAUGACCUGACGUUCCGUCUGGUCUCCUUUGAGUUCUUCACCCACUGUCACGUCUCGGCCAUGUCUGUCUCAGAGAGCUGGUAUGCCAUUAGAGAUCACGGCACAAACUACUGCAACCUCUAUAAUCUCAUGGAAGGAAGUGGCCUUACAGAUGCCCCUGGAUACAAGGAGAUAACGAGUGACUUCCUGUGUACCCAGCGGUCCUCUGCUGACUGCACUGUAUACUGACACCAUGAUGGCCCAUGGUUCAUAUUGCAUGGCAACAGCUUGCUCACCGUCAGAUCAGUCCUCAUCAUCUGACAGUGUUAGCAGCACCGCAUUUUAUACACACACUGCUUUUGUUUUCUUUAAAGGUCUUCUUUUUUUGUUUGAUCCAUUAAUUCUUAUGCUGUAUCUUUUUAUCCUUGUUAUUUUUUUUUUAACUUAUCGAUUUAAAAUGAUUGUUAUUGUACGGUAACUGCCCAUCUUGUAAUGAAGCAAUGAAGUCAAAAGGUUCAAGUAAGGAGUAGUGAGGUAAAAGUUUAAUCUGUAAGGUCUUUCCUGCUGUCUCAAGCCGGGAGAAAACGUAGUUGUAAAUAUAGUUCUCCUUUCAUUCUAUACCUCUUGAGGUGAGUCGCGUUCUGAGGGGCAUCGUUCUUUUUGACACCUAAACCAGUUUUCCUCUUAAAAGCAAUGGUGCCGGGGUAAAAAAAACAAAACACAGUGAGCUAUGUGAAUUGCAGGGCAGGUUUUUAUUAGCACAGCAAUAUGGUCAGCUGGGCUUUGCCAUCCAUCACAGCGAAGGCUUUUCAGAUCACUGCUAGAAGACACUUUGCCACGGACAUCAAUGUCUAUGGCUGCAUCCCAAAUGUCAACGUAUUCCCUAUAUAGUGCACUGGUUUUGACAUAGGCCCACAGGGUGCACUUUAUAGGUAGAUGGUGCCAUUUGGGAGUUAGACAGUCUAUGCUUUAGUUUAGCCAUAUAGCUUUCCUCUCUUGCCAAUAGGUGGCAGUGUCUGCAAGCUCCUUUGUCUUGUUACGGUUAUCUGCACAAAUGGACUUUUUAUUAUCAUUAAACCACAGCAAUUCCAACAUUUCAAAGAAAAGUUGUAUGCAUUUCACUAUGGAUAGAGUAAGUGGACUAGGAAGAGAGCAGACAUUGCAUAAAGACUAUUGCUUUGACUUUUCAUUUUUCCAGCACAUACGAACCACCACGCUUCACAGCUUAAGGGCAUAGAUUUCCCUGCUUUCUGAAGAAGUGUAACAUAACCGAAUGAUGUGUACUCAAAGAGAUCAACAAAUUGUUUAAUUCUGAUAGUAAGUAGACUAUUAUUUUCUGUCACUGUGUUAUCCAAUAUAAUGAUUGAAUUGAAACAGCUCUUCAGCUAACACGGACACUACGGUAAUAUCAGGGCUUAAAUUGGGAUAGUGGUCGUGGAACUGACUUCAAAAUGAAUAGGCUCUGAGAGAUCAUUUUUAAUUGACAGUUUUAUGUCCAUCUGACAGUUAGCAUCGUCCUGUCCUCCAUCCAAAUGUGGAUGAACGCUGUUCCACUUCAUAUUCCAUCCGGUCCAAUUUAACAGCUGUUUAUUUAAUGUGUAUGUUGUAACACAUGCAAAUAGUUUUUGUUUUACGUGUGUCAAGUUACAGAUAUUUUGAAAGCAUGGCCAAACUCUCAUUCACUAUGUUUUUUGGGGGGAACAGGAUGUAUUAUGACUUCUUCCCUGUGGCAUCAGUAUUUUGGAGUGCAUAUGAUCCUACGCUGUGUGCAUAUGAUCCUACGCUGUGUGCAUAUGAUCCUACGCUGUGUGCAUAUGAUCCUACGCUGUGUGCAUAUCUUCAUGCGUACGUUGUUGUAUGUGCCCUUUCAACGGGUGCUUUACAUGGUUAGACAGGACAGGCCCAUGAGAGUGCAUUCCCUUUUCCUGCCCACAUAACACAAAGAGUGGUGAAUUCCCUCUUAUUAAAACUGAAAUGACCCCAAAAAAUCAUAGCCUGGAAUCUAAACUGAUAUGCUCAAUUUCACCAUUAAAACAGAACAUAUCAGUUUGGAUUCCAGGCUAUCAAAAUCCUGCCCAAAACAACGAUUUUGACAAGGGGCCCCAGGGACAUCAGGGGCCUUAUAGUCCCUGUCUGAGAUGUCUGCCUGGUGCUAUGUCCGAAAUGGCACCCUAUUCCCUAUAUAGUGCACACAUGUUGAUGAGAACCCUAUGGGCCCUGAUCAAAAGUAGUGCACUACAUAGGGAAUAGGGUGCCAUUUGGAAGGAAGCCAUGACAAGGUCCAGAGUGGCAGGGGGACGAGGUAAUUACAGGCUGUGUAUUGAACAAUAUUGAGAAGCACAACAAUACCAUCUAUAAAUCACCAUUGAGAGUAUGAGAGCCACGCUGGGUCCAGGAUCUCAAGGACAAAACAGGCUGUCCCCUCUAGCCGGAAGGGAACCAACCUUGUAAAAAGUGUCUGCUCGCUUUAUACAAGGCAGUGUUAUUGUUGUGGACUGUAACCCACAUACUACCUUUCCUUAAUGGUUAAACUGUUAGGAUUUGUUUUGGUGUAAUUCACAAUUAAAUAUAGUUGAUGCAUAAUGUUUUACAGUAUAUGAAGAGAACUAGGUUUCUUUCACAAACCGUUGGCUCAAAGUAAGAAAGGACCUAACAUGACACAAGCUAAUAGUAAUUAGCGAAUGUGUCUCCCUGUAUUAUACACAUUGACACACAACACCUCCCUAUAGGAGUCUAAGGAGCAGAGAUCUCUAUCUCCACUACACUGAGUGUAUGCUAGUUCUCUGUGAGGAGAUGCCAGAGCGGAUCCAUCACUCUGGUUCCACCACUCUCAUUAGCUGUGACAGAACAUUAGCUCAGUGGAGGAGUGGAGAAUGGAGCUAGUAUGGUUCUAGAGCGGGAGGGUUCCGUUACAUAUGACCAUGUGACCCAGUCACUAGCAUUAAGGAUCACCCUGCCUCAGAUCACCACAUUCAUACUGUGACGGCUUGUGUGUGUGUGUGUGUGUGUGUGUGUGUGUGUGUGUGUGUGUGUGUGUGUGUGUGUGUGUGUGUGUGUGUGUGUGUGUGUGUGUGUGUGUGUGUGUGUG